GUUGAUAUGAGAAACAGUUGUUCUUCUCAUCAUGUUCUCCUUUUAGCAUAUCAGAGCUUUGGUCUAGUGUUUGGAGAUUUGAGCAUCUCUCCUCUCUACGUCUAUAAAUGUACAUUCUAUGGAGGGUUGAGUCAUCACCAAACAGAAGAUACAAUCUUUGGAGCGUUCUCUUUGAUAUUCUGGACCAUCACUCUCCUCUCACUCAUCAAAUACAUGGUUUUUGUAUUAACCGCAGACGAUAAUGGUGAAGGUGGGAUCUUCGCGUUGUACGCUUUGCUAUGCAGACACGCGAGAUUCUCUUUGCUACUGAAUCAGCAAGCUGCUGAUGAAGAGAUAUCUACUUACUAUGGACAUGGAGAUGCAAAUCGGAGUUUGCCUUCUUCUGCCUUCAAAAGGCUUAUAGAAAGGAAUAAAAGAUCAAAAACAGCUUUGCUUCUCUUAGUCUUGGUUGGUACUUCAAUGGUCAUUACCAUUGGUGUUCUUACACCUGCGAUUUCGGUUUCUUCCUCUAUUGAUGGACUUGUGGCCAAAACAAGUUUGAAGCACACUACGGUUUCUGGUUUAUCCACAUUUACUAUUUGUCUUGCUUCUCAAGGUACUGUGGUUAUGAUAGCAUGCGCUCUGCUUGUUGGACUAUUCGUUCUGCAGCACCGUGGGACUAAUAAAGUCGCCUUCUUAUUCGCACCGAUCAUGAUUUGUUGGUUGUUGUUGAUUGCAACUGCUGGUCUGUACAACAUUCUGAGAUGGAAUCCCAGCGUGUUCAAAGCUUUGUCUCCAUACUAUAUCUAUAAGUUCUUUAGAGAUACAGGAAAAGAUGGAUGGUUGUCUCUUGGAGGCAUUCUUUUAUGCAUCACAGGAACAGAAGCUAUCUUUGCUGAACUUGGACAGUUUACAGCUACAUCUAUAAGGUUUGCGUUCUGUUGUGUUGUUUAUCCAUGUCUGGUGCUUCAGUACAUGGGACAAGCUGCGUUUUUAUCAAAGAAUUUUUCUGCUCUUCACACUAGCUUCUAUGCCUCUAUUCCAGAUCCAUUUUUCUGGCCGGUUCUAAUGAUGGCGAUGCUAGCUGCAAUGGUUGCUAGCCAAGCAGUCAUAUUUGCAACUUUCUCUAUCGUUAAACAAUGUUAUGCAUUGGGAUGCUUCCCUCGUGUGAAGAUUGUUCACAAACCAAGAUGGGUCCUCGGUCAAAUCUAUAUCCCUGAGAUCAACUGGCUCCUCAUGAUCUUCACACUCGCAGUCACCAUUGGUUUUCGAGACACUAGACACAUAGCUUUUGCUUUCGGACUUGCUUGCAUGAGUCUAGCGUUUGUGACAACGUUGUUGAUGCCUCUAAUCAUAAACUUUGUUUGGAAUCGUCAUCUAGCUUUCUCUAUUCUCUUUAUCAUCUUCUUGGGGACCGUUGAGCUCGUCUUUGUGACAUCUUCUUGGGCCAAUAUCCCAAACGGAGGAUGGAUCACUAUCAUCCUUUCACUACUCUUCACCUUCACCACAUACGUAUGGCAUUACGGAAACAGGAAGAAGUACUUAUACGACCAACACAACAAAGUCUCCAUGAAAUCAAUCCUCAAUCUUGGACCGAGCCUCGGCAUCAUCAAGGUCCCAGGGAUCGCUCUAAUCUAUACCGAGCUUGCAAGUGGUGUACCUGCCACAUUCACUCACUUCCUCACCAAGUUACCCGCUUUCUACCAAGUGGUUGUAUUCGUAUGCAGCAAAACCGUGCCUAUCCCUUACGUACCGCAGAGAGAACGGUACCUGAUAGGCCGGGUCGGUCCCAAAACGUACAGGAUGUACCGGUGCAUUAUCAGAAGUGGAUACAAAGACGUGAACAAAGACGGAGAUGACUUUGAAGACGAGCUUGUAAUGAGCAUUGCCGAGUUUAUCCAGCUAGAAUCCGAAGGCUGCGGAUCAAACGUGGACUGUUCUGUUGACGGUCGGCUCGCGGUUGUGAAAACCUCGAACAAGUUCGGAACAAGGCUGUCUCGGUCUAUAUCAGAGGUUAACAUAGCGGGAAGCAGCAGCUCGAGGUCUCAAACGACAGUGACUAAUAGCAAAUCUCCGGUGCUGAAAAGGCUUAAAGCGGAAUACGAGCAAGAGCUUCCGAGGCUGAGCAUGAUGAGGAGGUUUCAGUUCAGACCGAUGGAUACAAAGUUUAGACAACCGCAAGUGAAGGAAGAGUUGUUUGAUUUGGUUGAGGCUAAAGAUGCUGAAGUGGCUUAUAUAGUAGGGCAUGGUCACGUGAAGGCGAAAAGGAACUCGACGUUUGCGAAACAGUUGGUGAUAGAUGUGGCUUACUCGUUCUUGAGGAAGAAUUGUCGUAGCACUGCUGUGAUGUUGAAUAUUCCUCAUAUUUGUUUGAUUAAAGUAGGUAUGAAUUAUUAUUUGUAG